CAUCGAUUGGAGCAGAAAAGCAGUACGCUAACACAGCACAAUGUCGAACGUCUUCGCUUCGCAGACGGGUUCCGUAGAGUCGAGCUCGAACCCACUGAGUGGCCUUUGGAAACCAACCCAUCUUCAGCGUCUUCAUUAUGGCCCAGAUAGUGUGAAGAAGCACUUGCUGGAGUGCCUGCCGAACGAAAGCUCGAAAGCAUUCGUGCUGACUGGAAGCUCUCUCGCGAACAAGACGCCAUUGAUCCAGCAAGUGGAGCAGCAGUUGGGAUCGAGGCAUGCGCAGACCUUUAGCAAGAUUGGCCAGCAUGCGCCAGUGAAAGAGCUUGAUGAGGCGACAGAACUUGUUAUGAAGGACGAAGCUAUUGAUACCAUCAUCAGCGUGGGUGGAGGCAGUCCCAUUGACUCUGCGAAAGCAAUCAGCUACCGCCUCAACGAGAAGAAGCCCGGAAAGUUCUUGUACCACAUCACCAUACCCACAACCUUGAGCGCAGCCGAAUGUACGCUUGGUGCAGGAUACACAAACGAGGAUGGCAUGAAGACUGGUGUCGCACACCCUGAGCUUGCUCCGCAUGUGAUCAUCUAUGACAGCAAGUUCGCUCUCGAAACUCCACCUUGGCUGUGGAUGAGCACGGGUCUGCGUGCUAUGGACCACGCCAUGGAGCUGAUGUAUCAUUCGACAGCGACUGAGAUCCCGUGUCGACAGAUGGCACUUGCUGCGGCGGGAGAGCUGUUCAUCAAUUUGCCCGCAUAUCACAAGUAUCCCAAAGAUGAGCAGGUCAUCACCAAACUCCAGCUUGCUGCAUUCGCUUCCCUUGGCUUCCUGGCACUGAACGUCAAAGGUGCUCUCGGUCUCUCGCAUACACUUGGCUAUGCACUUGGCUCGCCAUUCGGUAUUCCACACGGGGUCACAUCCUGCUUGACUCUUGGCCAUGUCGUCAAGCUGAAGGCAGAAAGCUCGGAAGAAGACGCGGCGCAGCUUGCAAGAAUGGCGCCAUUUAUCGGCAUUGCCAAGUCUGGCGAUAAUAAGAAAGAUGGAAUUGCUGUCGGUGAUGCCAUCCUGAAGCUCGUGCAGGACAUCGGGUUGAAAACGACACUCACCGAGAAGGGUGUCGGCAAGGACAAGGUUGAUUGGAUUGUCAAGACUGCCACGGGUCUGGAAAGCGGACCUGUAUACGACAAGGUAAAGCAACUUGUGGAAAACUUGUAUUAGCAGGUUUGCAUCAAACCACAUCGUCUACACAUUAAUAAGAUGGAGGCAUGGCUGGAGUUGUAUGUCAUAGGGUGCUACAAGACCUAGCACGACGAGAUGGCAAGCGCCGCGCUCUUGCCUUGACUUGCCGUUGCCAUCUCUC